UUCCGGUGUUCCCCUUUGCCUCGGUGUUAUUUGAUAUCCUCUGUUUACGAUUGACGUUCUUUAACCCAGAAGGUUUCGUGUGAUUCAUAUUAGUUCGCACGCGAAGUUUUCGCGGACUGUUUGUAUGAUUUCGUUCCCAAGGGAAGAAUAGGUGUUGAGCGCGAGACUUUAUGGACGGACAUGCCUUAUCGAAAGCGAUUUUGACGAUAUUACAAUAGCUGACGUUCUCGUGAUAAAGGUCGUGGGGAUAUUGAUUUUUCAGUACUUUCUAAAGUAACAUUUUAAAGUUACUUUCAUAAGUUGGAUUGCUCCCAUUCAAUACUGUGAAGGAAGGAUGAUGGAACCAAACGAGUACACUAGUCUGAUGAGGUCGGAGGAUGGCUUUAUCGAUAUAGACCCCGAUGUUAUGUCCACAUCGCCAAAAGCUUGCGUGGAAUUUCUUAACCUCGAGGAUCGAGUUUUUAAAAAGGUACAAUGCCGAAAGGGAGGCCACGCCCGCCAGAUCAUCGAAGAGGGACAACCAGUCGAGAUGAAGGCCAUAUACAGCGCAGGCUCUUCUUUGAUGGCCAUUAAUGGGUGGAUACGUCGUAUGUAUCCCGAGAGCAAUUGCAUUACUAGGGGAAGCUGUGAUCUGAACAUUGAUUCUGCUAUCUUCAAAGAGAAAGAUACAGUUUUGAAUAUGCUUGAAAAUCGUUUGAGCAAGGAAGGCGAAGACGAGGCCGGGAUCGAGGUCAUCGACGGUCAUGAAUUUCAAACCAACAAGUUCUUUGUCGACUUCAACCGUGUGUACGAAGAAGAUCCCAAGAAUUCAAUGUUUAAUCUAUUUAAGACAGAGGGCGACAAGAAAAAUCGCUUUAUCUUACGUAUUCAAUUGGUUUUUCGCGGAGAAUAUCCAUCGGAUAUUUUUGACAGUCCCGUAUUUCGUUGUCGCACGAAAAAGAAAACAGAUAAUGAUCCGAUCGAAUCGCCAUCCAAGCCGCCUCCUAGUCCGGCUUCUCCACCGUUGACAACCUUGGUGACGGAUAGUUUGAUUGCAAGGACUGCCAUAAUCGAUGAUCUAGUACUUGGCAAUUUAUCUACUUGUGGAACAAUGUCUACCUCAAACGCUGACAUAGCGUACCACCUUAUAAAAGAUGAAGAAGUCGGGAUGGAGCUCGAAGAAGGAGACGUCGUCGGUUUCUUCACUGACAAAGACGAUGGUGGUACGUAUAUCAAGUUGUUGCGGAGCAGUGAUGCAGAAACCGCUGUCCAUGCCGGAGUCGUGAGUCGCUCGGCUUAUAUAAAUGCAAAUAAAGCCAUCCAAUCAGAGGACGAAUCCGAUACAGUUUGUGUCAUAGGAAUAGUAAAUGUGAAAGUCAUAGGAAGCGUGGAAAACGGCGAACGGAUUUAUUCGUCUAUUAACCGACCGGGCAAAGCGAUUCCUCAGUCACAUUUGCCGGUCGGUAGCUUUCUUCGAAAGAAGCACGUGCUCCUUGGCACAGCGAUGGAGCGAAAAGAUCCGAAGUCUCUGGACGAGGAACAUUUGGUAAAAUGCUUCGUGUGUAUAGUCCUAGAUGUUGGUCGAAUGGACGUGCUGGAGGAGGUAGAAGUUCUUUACGAAACUUCCGAGAAGCAGACUCAUUAUAAAAUCAAAAUGGCGUCCAAAAGGGCAUGGGGACGAUUAAGAUGUUGCUUCGCUGUAACCUUCGUGUUUUUUAUCCUCCUGUGCACUCUCCUGUAUCAGUUUUUUGUGCCGGGAACUUGGUUCCGGUAUUGGUUGUGCAGUAGGGGAUCUUUGAAUGGGGAACUUUGGGUGUCUGUCGUGCCCUACAGAACCGUGACACAGAUCAUUGAUGUACACGGAAUCCGUUUUUCAUACGAAGGUUUAAAGAAGAAGGUCCCCGAUCGUUUCACGGAAAAUGUGCACACUGGCAACAAAACCGUUUAUUAUUUUUUGAAUUUGGACCGCUGUGCUUACUUCGGUGACUACGGGCCCGUGAGAGACUAUAUUUCAGGACAGUAUAAAGAAAUCGGCGGUGGAAAAAUUUUGAGCCUCAAUCACAACUGCACAAAGGUUUACUGGUAUGGUCUGCUCAACGAUACUAAAUACAGAAUAGAUUGGCAUCCGUACGUGUCCGCUCAUAAUUUAGAAUGUUCGCCUAAUCCACCGUUUCGUUAGUAUUUUACAGCGAUCCUUACGUGUAAACUAUGACGUUAUCCUAUUAUGUUGCCCACGAUCCUCCGUGUCGGUUGUGAUCCUUUCAUGUACUUGUAUAUUUGUCGAUAUUUAUUCAAUUCGAUAACAAAGUAAUAUCGAAAAACGUUCAUUCUUUUGGCACUGUUUGUAUUUCGCUAGUUUUCGCCUCGUCAGAUACUUCAAUUAGUUUCAAAUUUGCUGAUGUAUAUAUUCUGACUAAGCAAAUAUAAAAUUGCAAGCAUAGCUACAACUUAUGAAUGUAUAAAUAACUUUGAAACGCUCGCCAACGCAACACAAUAUGUAGUUUGUGCAAACAGAAAAUUCGAUAAAUGUGAAUAUUAUUUCUUAUCUGUGUGAUAUUUCCUCAAAACAUUCGGUAUGUAGACGCGAAGUCGUUGUAAUUAUCAACUACGACAAAACAUUUUGUUGUGUUGGCGUAUUUUUGGUGCGAGGAGGGGGAAAACCCUUUCAUGACUUGCCAUUUAUAUAUAAUGAACAAUUGAGGAAAACAUCGAAGUUCGAAUUAACGAUUUGUGAGUCUUGUGUCAUUUUGGAGAAAUAUACGACUCAUUUGAUCCAAUCUUCUUACGAGUGGCCCUUCUUGCAUAUUUGAAAUUUGUGCCAUUCUGUAAUUCUCAAUAAACAGUUUACUAAACAGCUACGAAUCCUGUUGGUCAGUCAACGUCGAUGGCAGGCGUCAUGUUCAACGUUAAAUUUGACGAGAACAUGAAGAGGAUAUUGAAAGAUGAUGAAUACCGGAAUUUAGAGAAGGUAUUUCCAUCGAACGGCGAAGUUGCAAGCUUGGAGCACGAGGAAACGGCAAAAAUAGUGAAAAUCAACCUUAAACAGGAAUAUCUGAAGAUCCAACGGAAAAAAGUGGAAGGUUCUCAGCAGCGAAUCCAAGACGCGAUGGUCUACUUUACCGUGCGCUCCGAAUUGGUCAUUUUGAACGUGCAGACAUAUGUUCAACGCUUUUCUGAUUGGAUUGAUGACAUAAUGUUUAACAAACCCGAUAAUGGAUGGUUUGAGCUUUACACGAAAAUGACGAAACAGGAGAGGUUAGAAAACACGUACAUGGCUGACUUGGACAGCGUUUACACGACUCUGGAAGGAAGCAACGUUUACAGUCUUUACAAACACAAAGGAAACAGUGCAAGGAAUAUUUACGUGUUCUUUGUGCAAGUUGAGCUGAUCGACAAAACCGUUGAAACAUUUGCUUGGCCUUUCCUCUUGAAAACAAAACCGGCUGCUAGGAAAACGUGAUUGUCGCCACCUAUACAUGCGACAGUUUCCUGAGCAAAUGUGGAAAGUUUAUAUCUGGCUUACGCUGCCAAAUUACAGCACCACGCAUUGGAUUUAUACGAAUUAUUGAUGCUAGGGAUAGUGGUAAAUUUAAACGGCGUUAAACUCUAAACAUAGCAAAAUAAUGAAAACUAAGCUUUGUCUACAUUCGGCACAAGUAUCGACCAAGCCAUAAAUCAUAGUUUACAAAUGCUUAUCCGCUUAUAAGCUUAUUUAAUGGACAGUAAAUAACUUCUUUCAA